UAUCUUUAUACUCUCUCUCUCUCCGUCGUUACAUCCUGCUUGUUUGUAUUCUUCUCUGUUAUUGUCCAGAGAAAGAAAUUUCUACGCCCACCGUCGAAAAUGGCGACAACAGCAACACCGGUAACACCACUAGCAGUAGAGAAACCGGUUAUGGUGGUGGGAAUCGACGACAGUGAACAAAGCAUCUACGCACUCGAAUGGAUUCUCGAUCACUUCUUCAUUCCUAACGCUCCAAACUUUCUCUUCAACCUCUUCAUCGUUCACGCUAAACCUUCUCCUACUUCUGCUAUCGGACUCGCUGGUCCUGGGGCUGCUGAUGUUUUGCCCUACGUCGAAGCCGAUCUGAAGAAGAUUGCUGCUAGGGUUAUCGAAAAAGCAAAGGAGAUCUGUUUUAGUAAGUCGGUGACUGGUGUGGUAUUGGAAGUUAUGGAAGGUGAUGCUAGGAAUGUUCUCUGUGAGGCUGUGGAGAAACACCAUGCUUCCAUAUUGGUUGUGGGUAGUCAUGGUUAUGGAGCUAUAAAAAGAGCUGUUUUGGGAAGUGUAAGCGACUAUUGUGCUCAUCAUGCUCAUUGCAGUGUGAUGAUUGUGAAGAAGCCUAGGAUCAAACACUGAGCUACUUCCGAUUUGCUUUGAUUAAUUUGAUCAAGUGAUUUGAAUUGUGGGAGUGUUAAAACUAUCCUUUUGAGUUUGUUAAACUGUAUUGAUCUAUAUCUUUGCUUAUCUAGAAUAUUGAAUAAAAAUAAUUUUAGUUCUCAGUUCAUGGUUUAA